GGCGAAUCCAUGGCUUACUAUCCUCCGCGGUGAAAAUAGAUCUUCCAACACCCCUUUUCGCUCACCCACACCUGUGCUUUUUUUCCUCCUUUCGAUCGAAGGUCGAUGGCGAAGCCGUCGGCCGCCACAAUACUAAUCUACGCCACCGCCGCUCUCCUCACCCUCCUGCUUCUCGCCUCCGUACCCCCGAGGACCCCCCGCCGCCACCGCCAGCACCACCACCGCCGCCUCAAGCUCAGCCACAACACCUCCUCCGCCUCCUCCCACCAUCAAAUCCCCUUCGAUCCCAUCAUCGCAGACAUCGAGCGCCGACGCGAGGCCCGGCAGUGGGAAGGGGACCAUUUCCGCCUCCCUCACCACGAGGAGUCCCAGCCGGAAUGGGACGACUUCUUCGACCCCAAGGACUACGUCGACGGCGAGGAUCGCUUCAACAUCACCCACCGCAUCGUCGUCCUCUUCCCCCGCAUCGACGUCGCCCCCGUCGAUGGGUUCGUGAGCUCGACGGAGCUUGCAGAGUGGAACUUCCAGCAGGCUGCCCAGCAGGCGAUCCACCGGUCCGGCCGCGAGCUGGAGCUCUGCGACAGCAACGGGGACGGAUUUGUCUCGUUUGAAGAGUAUCGACAAUCUGUUAAAGCUUCGCCUGUUGAUGAAACGGGAUGGUGGAAGGAAGAUCACUUCAAUGCCUCAGAUACUGAUGGAAAUGGACUUUUGAAUUUGACCGAAUUCAAUGACUUCCUACACCCUGCUGACAGUGGCAACCCAAAACUGAUCCAGUGGCUGUGCAAAGAAGAAAUAAGACAAAAAGAUGGAGAUGAAGAUGGGAAGCUUAACUUCAAAGAAUACUUUGUUGGAUUAUUUGACUCGAUACGAGAUGAUGACGGACCCUACAAUCAUUCUGCCACCUUAGGACAAGCAAAAAUGUUAUUUUCAAGGCUUGACCAGGACAAUGAUGGGUUCUUAUCGGGAGAUGACCUCGUUGGUGUGAUUGGUAAAAUUCACCAUUCUGAACGCUACUAUGCAAAACAACAAGCUGAUUAUGCACUUUCAGAGGCUGAUUCAGAUAGAGACAGCCAGCUAAGUUUGAAGGAGAUGAUAGAACACCCGUAUGUGUUCUAUAGUUCUAUCUUUAGUGAUGAUGAAGAUGAAGACUUUGAUGAUUUCGAUUAUCAUGAUGAAUUCCGCUAAUGCUCCACAAGUUGCACACUGGGUUUCAAUGAGCAACAGCGAGUGAGUUCUUCGUUUCCGGCAAAUGUGCUCUUGAAGAUCACCUGCUCAGCACUGGGCUCCUUUAAGUUGAUUACUAAAGAAGCGAUAUAUUUUCCAUUUAUAUGGUGCACUUUAAAUGUCAAAAUUUUAAAUUCCACGUUUUGUUUUUCCUUGUCAACUAACUUUAUCUUUACAAACCGUUCAGCUCUUGGCACAUGAUUAUUUAUGGUCAGUGAGCCAUUCUCUGCAUGCUACCCAGUCAGUCUUGUUUCACUAAUAUGAAUUUUGCAGCUGCUCCAGCCACUACCAGUAAAUGACAGCUAAGGGUGCCAAUCGCCAUCCUAGCUUUACUUUGUGGAACAGGUUGUCUGAUGCAGCCAAGCUCUCAGCCGAUUGAUGAUUUGCUUCUCUUGAUGAUUGAUUCAUGGAUUAGACUGGUCCUUCUGCUACUCUACUUUUCUCUGAUGAAGUACAAUUUUCCAAGCAGCCAUCCUCUUAAGAGAUUGGUGGUGACUGUUCAAUCAGCCAAUUUGUUUUCAUCAUGUAAAUCAAUGCAUUCCCCCCUAGAAUGACAGCAAAGUUGAUGAUGAAAAAUUCUUGUGUUGCAGAGACUAUUAGUGUCUCCAAAAAAAUUUAUACUAGGAUUCAUGUACUGUGCAUAUUUGUGGAAACCUACGCUUGCACCAACUGAUCUCAUUCAUAGAGUAAUCUGAGAUUACGAACCUAUGUUGCAUAUGCUUGCAUCGAGGCUUCGCCCAGCAAUCUGAGUUGGAAUCAUAAAGGUAAAAGGUAGUAGACACAACAUGAACUAAACGCCUUGUUUCUUGUUCUAUCUAUUAUGUCACUGUUUUAACUUAAUGGUUUGCCCAGUGGAAGCAGACCAGGCUUCCUCCAUUGCAAGGGUCUGUCUUCCCCCUCACCGAUCACAUGCAAUGUUGAACAGUAUGCAGUAAGACACUUAUAUCAUUUGUCCAUAUGUUCGUGCCUCCUCCAAAUGCCAGCAAACUCGAAAGGAGAGGAGGCAAAAGCACAGAGGGGGAUUUAUGCGAUGCUGGCAUUUAAUUCUAUGAGGAGGUACUUCUGGUAAAUUCCCCGUGCAGUGGUUUCAGUUCGUCAUGCUUUUGGUAUCGGUGCUUUAAUUGAGUUGGACUAUUCACUGUACUGGUCAUCACUCUAGAGAUGGGAUGAGAGAGACAGAUAAGUACUUGUUGAUGAGACCAAGCAUUCUGAUCACAUCAAUAUUCUUUGAGCAAACUUUGUUUAGACUUUUAGAUUCUUGUAUAUGUCGAUUGAUUCUUAUUCCAAUCAAA